UUAUCUUUUUCAGGUGUCAAAUGUACUCAUUUCAGACUAAAAGAAGUAUUCAUCUAGAUAGAAUUUAGUUAAAAAUUAUGUACUCACUGUGUUUAUUCAUAAGCUUAUCCGCAUUAUUAACUUGUACUUCACAAAAAAAUGAAAAAGUUAAUGAACGACCCAUUGUUGGCGUUGCCGUGAUGGAAGUUACAGAUGAAGAUUUAGUAAAAACCUAUCCAGCGCUAGUGGGAAAGCAUUAUGUUCCAGCUAGCUAUGUAAAGUUGAUCGAAAUGACGGUCGCUAGACUUGUUCCGAUAUCACCUAAUAUGACGGAUGAAACGGUGAACUAUAUUUUUAAUUCUGUAAAUGGCUUACUAUUUCCAGGAGCAGCGAAUAGUUUGAAUGAUUCUGGAUAUUACGAGAUCACAAAGAAACUUUUCCGACUUUCUAUUAAAGCUAAUAAAGCUGGUGUUGUGUUUCCUGUUUUGGGUAUUUGUCGUGGCUUCCAAGCACUAGUUGUACAUGUUGAAGGGAAUCAAAAGCCUCUUAUCGUAACAGAUUCUUUCGAGUAUUCCACCACGGUUAAAUGGAACGUAAAAGAGCUAAGGAAUCAUUCCUUUCUCUCAUCAAUGCCGAAGAAAAUGAUACGAAAUAGUGAAAAGCAGCCCAUCACCGCACAUUUCCACAAAUACAGUGUCACCCCAAAAUCUCUUAAACGUUCUCCUAAACUCAACAGUUUUUUUAGAAAUCUGGGUACAAGUGUCGACCGCGACGGAGUGAAAUUUAUUUCUGCCAUGGAAGGUAAAAAGUUUCCAUUCUAUGGUAUUCAAUUUCAUCCAGAAAAGACUAUGUUCGAAUGGGCCACAACAAUAUCUAUUCCGCAUUCCCCACAGGCUAUUCGACUUGGUCAGUUCAUAGCCAACUCGUUUAUGGACAAUGUUCGGCGCAACAAAAAAAGUUUCUACAACAGCUCUAUUGAAAGAAAAUAUCUUAUGGAACAGUACGAGUUAAUGAGAACAGACAACCUUGACAGUCAUGCACCAUUUAGAGAAAUAUAUAUCAUUUAAAAA